GCUUCCAGUUUGUUAAGAAAUAUGGACAAUAAUGUAGCUGAACAUUAUAACUCUGUGGUAUGCAAGUUUAUUGGCGGAAAGCGCAUCAAUUUUUCAAAAAGAGGGUCUUAUCAAAUACGGUGUGAAGCUGCAGCCCUAUCUUAUAAUCUUGGAAGCGGAGAAUACCACAGACAAAUUUUUAAAUCAAUUGCUGAAAAAAGUCCUUCUGGUCAUACAAAAAAAUUUAUUAAUAGAGUUAAACAAAGACGUAUUAAUACUCUUAAAAUAAGACCAAAAACCCUAUUUAAAAAACGAAAUAAAUCAAUUGCGCUUCCUGAUAAAGAUUAUGGGGAUCAGGAGGCAGAUAAUAGCAUACAGCCAGACAUGGAAGAAAAUUUAUUUGAAGAAAAAAAAAAGGAAUUUUUAGAAGAACUCGAAAAAAAUGAAAAUGAGAUUAAGGAUUUAGAGAUUAGUACCAGAGGACAAGGAGGAAAUCCAAAGUGGUAUCAAGAAAGGAGUUUAAGGCUUACAGCAUCAAAUUUUGGAAAUAUUUGCAAAAUGCUAGAAAAAACAAAUUGCAAAAAUAAAGUAAAAGCAAUUCUUUAUUCCAAGUUUCGGGGCAAUAAACACACUAAGUAUGGCACCGAAAAAGAACCAUUUGCUAUUCAACAAUUUGAGGAAACCUACAAUUUAAAAGUUGAAAUGUGUGGUCUUUUUAUUGAUUCCGAAUGUUGUGCUUUGGCUGCUAGCCCUGAUGGGCUAGUUGGCUCAAGAGGAUUAGUAGAAGUAAAGUGCCCAUCAACAGCUUCAGCAAUCAGCCCUACAGAAGCUAUCAAUAAAAAAAUAAUCAAGUUUGCCACCCUUGAUGAAAAUGGACAGAUGCAUUUAAAACAGAACCAUGAUUAUUUUUAUCAAAUCCAAGGCCAGCUUCAUAUCACAAAAAGAGAUUUUUGUUAUUUUAUUUUAUGGACACCUAUGGGGAUGCUGGUAGAACAGAUUUGGCGGCAGGACUCAUUCUGGAAUGACAAAGUGAUAGGAAAAUUAAAAAGUUUCUAUUACAAUUGUUUAUUACCGGAAAUUAUCGACCCGCGAUAUAGUAGAGGACUGGAAAUAAGAAAUCCAUCGAGAAAAUAA